AUGUUCACUUUUUCUUAUCCCAUAACUAGAGACUACCCCUUCAGAUGGUUCAAAUGGGUUGCUCUUGUGGGCGCUAUUUUGCUCACUGCCUUAGUUUCAAUUUUGAACUUUGCUAAUAAUGGGUACACCAUGGAUAUUCUGUACACAACUGAACUAAAUGAAAACGUUUCUCGCCGAUUAUGGACUCAGAAGAUGAUCAGAACAGAUGACAAGACUUUCCCCACAUGCAAUUCCCAAAAUUUGCCCGUAAAUACUCAAUAUUAUACUAAUAAGCUUGGUUUGGCCUACAAUAUUGCCAAUUUUUGGCAGGUUUUACCAAAUGGAAAGAAUCUGACGUUGCCUUCACUAAAGUACUCCAACAACCUGAUUGAGAAUUGUACGAUACCACUUAUUCAACUGGAUUUCACUUCGUUUGAUAGAUCUGCAGCUCAACUUGGGUGGCGUGGAUGGGGGAUCGGAGCUAUGGUAAUGUACCUUGCGGGUCCGCUUGUUUUAGCUAACAAAUGUUCUUUAGGGUUUUGUGACAUGCCUCGUCAAUAAUGGACAGCAGACAUAUGUCAAUCUGACGACCAACGAUCUUAUCCCACCUACUAUUGACACCGGUGCUGCCUUUCAGUUUCUUCAAGCGCCAGAUAGCCAAGAUUUAACCAGUUUAUGGUGGGGGGAGUCUUUGCUGUAAGGAAAUAUGUAUAAUUGUAAUCCUAUAACGAGUACAGCUAACAAUUAUAAGGUCAUGGUACUGGCUCAACUUAGCACAGAGAAUGUGAAAGCAGGCUAGGCUUGAUGAGAACGAGGAUAUUACAAAAGGAACUCUAGUGUAUAAGCCAGUCAUUUAUUGAUAAGAGGGUAAGACUGAUCCUCACUUUUUUCCAGUCCUUCGACCCCAUACAAAUAGUUCAGACUUGACAAGUCUAGAGUCUUUCUCCCCAACAGAAUGGCACUACGUUUCUACCCCAUGUGGAAAAUCGCCCAUAUGCUGUUUGAAUCCAGCUAAUAAUCCACAUAACAUCGGCGCAUUACACGCCCAAAAGGUCAAGCCGGAUGUAUGGAUCGAAUCAGAUAGUUUCGCAAAAGUGUUCUAUUCCACCAUUAUGGCAGACUUAGGACAAGUCUACACACCCAAUAUUGUCAGCAAUGGCGCUCUAUUGACCGCCUUCUCAAAAAAUAUUACGGUCAUGAACAACACAGUGGAGUCGAAUUGGCUUAAAGCCGGCCCUGCAAGGGUGCCAUAUAUUUCCAAUGCGGACGAUGAUAAGAAAUUGGCCAUCACACCUUCCUAUAUUUAUGCGCAAUACCUGUCAAGUCGACGGGCUCUCUGUUGCUAUUACUUCUAA